GCCAGCACGCGCCUGGAUCACAUGCAGGCAAUCAGCACUUGGCUGUUUCUGCUUAGGUAGUGGUGACAGUAGGGAGGUGGUUGUCACUCCGAACGUCAACAAACCACGAGCCGUAAAACAUGGAGCCGCUGGAGGAAUACCACUCUCCGUUUGACUUUGAACAAGGAGUCAACGCCAACUACCUCUACCUCUCCCCGGCCUACAGCGACACGCCGCCCAGCUCGCCAGCUGUCAAAACCAGAGGUUCCCAGCAGCAUCCAGACUCAGUCCCAGAGAUGGGAGAAGAUGCAGUGACGUCUGUUGGACCCGCUUCCCCUCCCCCGACCAUGACAGAGGAGGAGCGUCAGGAGCUACAGGAGGAGUUGUUCAAGGUUGAGGAUGAGAUCCAGACUCUGUCCCAGGUGCUGGUGGCCAAGGAGAAGCAGCUGGCAGACAUUAAGAGGAAGCUGGGCAUCACACCUCUCAAUGAGCUGAAACAGAACAUCACCAAAACCUGGCAGGAGGUCACCACCUCCACCGCCUAUAGGAGGACAUCAGAAACACUAUCUCAGGCGAGUCUGAAGGCGACAGCAGCGUUCUCCAAUGUGGGCUCAGCCAUUACCAGGAAGCUGGAGGAUGUCAGGAAUGCACCAACUUUCAAGUCAUUUGAGGAGAAAGUGGAGACUUUGAAGACCAAGAUGACUCCAUCAGCGUCCACCACUAACCCCGACGACGAGGACAGCAGCAGUCCCACCACCGAGUCUUUGCUCGAUCAGCCUGAAGGCUUGCCUGCCCAGGAGACGCCAAUGAACUGAGACCUGCCUGACCUCCCCUGACCUCCUCGCCGCCCCUCCUCACUUGACCUUUUAGCCCCUGAGCCGUCAACCCUCGCCCUCUAAACUUUUGUGUGCCAGUCUCCCUUUAUUGGAAACAAAUGACUUACCCGAGCCUUCCGUGUAAUCUAAUUGUCUGGUCCUUUUGUCUGACACGUGCGCUCACUUGUUAACCAGUGUGGAAACUGAAAGCAUAGGAUGGGUGCAGACAUGUGGUCUCGUGCCGGUCGUAUAUUUUUUGAGUCUAUUCUGGCUCGCUGUGGGAGAAACCUCCCCCUCCGCCCCCCGCCUUGUUGUAUGGCUUUCCUUUACCUCCUGCACUCCUUAUUUUUCUGCCUUUGUCUAACCAGCAAAGCUCAGAUGCCAAACAUGCUCCUAUUUUUUCUUUAUAAAAAUUAACACUGUGUUACAUUUUAUAUUUGUUUGAGUGUAUAAAAUUGCACAAAUAGAGAAAGAUUUACAAUUAGGAAGUUGAUUUAGAGAAGGAUUUACACUUAAAAACUUUAUUCUUUGUAUGUGAACCAGGCAAUUGUUGGCUUAUUGCUUCUGCAUGGCUCUUAUUAUAGUAUGUUGGAGUUAUUAUUAUAAGCUCUUGUUUUGUCUGCCUCCAUUUUGGGGCCAUUCUUGGUUUACUAUUGGUUUCCAUUUUGGGACCAAGCUUGAUUUCCGUUUUCUUCAUUAUAUUAAUUUUAGGACACCGCACAAUCAUAAAAUAGUGUUCAGAAUAUGAAUGUAUGCCUUUUUGUGUCAUAUAGGUACAACACUUUGUAUAAUUCAACCCACAAUACUGAUUUACUGAAACAGUGUGUCACGACUGCAGCCACUCACACAAAAGCUGGUAUUUCAAAACACACACUCCAGAAUAAGAAUCAUUCCUUUUUCCAUUGUUAAGAGUCUGUCAGAAAAGGAUCUCCAUGCUUUGAUAGCUACAGGAAAAUGGCCAAGAUCAGCAGAACAGAGGCAAAGCAAACACACAAUGUUCAGCCUUGACACGAGGUGAGAGUGAAAUAAAUGUGUCUCUUUCAGCACCAGAGUCAAUAUUUAAACACUUGUCCAUUGUUUCUGAAUGGGAGCUAACACCUAGCCUCCACCCCCUUCUGUUAUAUAGAUAAAAGCAUGAGACUCCGCUGGAUGUUAUUUUGUACAUUGAUACAGGAUAAUCAUGUAAGAGAGAAGGUUUACGUUACCUAUAAUGUGCUGUGUACAUGGCAAUAUAGGUUGGUUGGUUGGUACACUACUUUGGUCCAGACUGAAAUAUCAUAACAACUAUUGGAGGAUUGCCCUGAUAUUUGGUACUAACAUUCAUGUCCCCCCUGCCCUGCAGCUGAAUUGUAAUAACUUUGGGGAUCCCGUAACCUUUCAUUCUAGCGCCAUCAUCGGGUAUAUAUCACAAUUUGUUUGAUUCUAUGGUUUAAGACUAAAUAGUUGGAGAGCUAAUGUUCCCAGUCCCAGCUGUACUUUGUUUUUUAAUGCUAAUUAUUAGUAAAUGAUGUUAGCUAAUGGGCUAAAGACUAUAAUAUAAAGACUAUACCUGCUUACUAGGUUAAUCAGCAUCAGCAUGUACAGCCUCGCAGAGCUGCUCGCGUGUCUGUAGAUUUAGUGUUACUCUUAACCUUUUUUUUUGUUUUGAUUAGUUUCUAGGAAGUUGCACAAACCGAUCAAAAUCUGCCUCUUUUGAUAGCUUCUUGGCAAACUGCAGAAUUAUAUAUAUACAGUAUUUGCUUAAAAUGCUGCUUUCAUACAGACCAACACCUUUUCUAAACGUUCAACAUCAGCGUUACAUCUUCAAUCACAGGACCAAUCUCUUGGGUUGGCCUUACAAUCUCACACCACUUCAUGUGAUUACAUCCUAGAAACUAUUAAACUACUGAACAGUUACUCUCACCAGAUGCUUUUUCUAGGUGACAAAUAUACACAGGGCUACUGAUGAAAGUUAAAUAAAACUCGAAGGGCAAACAGAGGCAAUCUGAACACAGUCAAAGUUUCCUCUGGUACACAAAUGGAGGACACAAGGACUUAAAACACUUGUCCUGUGUUUGAGCAGGACCGGCCUGGUACAAGUCUUCCCCUGCUGGUGGACGACUGGCUGAACAUCAGUGUAAUGGAUUUUUAACGGUACUACAGUAUCUCACGUCCUCAUGUAACAUCACUUUCCAGCCAUGACCUGGUUCACUGAGAGAAUUCAUUACAGCCUUUUAUCUCAGACACUAGGGUUUUAUUUGUAUUUAGUCAUACACACAACACACACAGGAUUUGUUUGUUCUUUAAUUGGAACCAUGGAGUGAAGAAAUGUACUAAAAAUACCUCUGAAGUGAAAUAAAAAAUGUUAAUCAUAAUAAAAAAUACCUCUGGAGUAA